AUGGUGUACUUAAAGGACCGUGGCUACCGAGUCAAUGUUUUGUGUGAAGCAAAUAUUUGUCACCCAAAAACUGAAAAUCGUGGACACCUCCAAGAUAGAAUCUGCACAGAUGAUGAUAUUGAAGCUCUCGGUAGUAAUGGAGGGAUGAGAUGCGAAAAUACGCCUAUUGAGGUGACUGUUCCUCCAACCCCAGCAGAAAGUUGCCAGGGGAAUCAGGAAGGACUGGCCGAUAUUCCUGGCUUUCAUGAUCCUAGGAUCUUCUAUUCCGGAAGAGGGGAGCCUAUUCUUAUGGUAUCUUCUCAGUCGCGAUAUGCUUGCAUCGGACUAUGGUCUAUUGAUCUUCGUUCUGUAUACCCCGACCUGGAAGAAAUCUUCUCAUCACCACCCAAGAGAUUCGGAGGACCACUCAAAUCUUAUCCUAUAUCUUGUCUUAUCGACGCAACGUCAGAGGAAAUAGCUCUCAAUAGAUACAUGGCAAAUGCUACUUGGCAUCAGGCCACACCUGCUUUAAGACUGAUUCUUUGUACUCGUUCUAAUAACUCUUGUAUGUCAGAGACUCCGGAUACCGUUUUUAUUGCAGCCAUUCAUCGUAAACAUAAAAACGUGUUGGACCUACCAAUCCGUUACGAAAGAUAUUUUGUGAUGUGGGCAGCAACACCUCCUUUUAGUAUGCUGGCCAUGAGUCAACAUCCAAUUCUAUUCGCAAAUGAAACCACCACGGGUUGGACGACCGACGAAAGUUGGGAUGACGUUCCAGAAGCUUCGUCCGAAGGUCGUGGUUUUUGGGCAAAGCUCACCUAUACCACAACUAUAGCGUAUGCUUGGAACAGGGAAGAUGAGGAUCUAAGGGAUAAAGGCGUGGGGUUUCUGGAUGAUGAGAUAAUUGUUAGUGUGGGUGUGGAUGAUCAUGAUCAGGUGUAUGGAAGGGUUCUUGUCUCUGAGCUGCUACAGUGUUUGAGAAUUUGUCCUAGCUUGAUGUGA